AUGACAGCUCAACUGCUGUCGUAUUUCCACGUUCUUGCGGCCAUCGUCUUGUUCUCGGCGGCGAUAAUUCACUUUCUCGUCCAUCCUCUAAGUGUUGUCAGUGUCACCAUCAGCCUCGUACUUGCAAGCUUGGGCGGCGUCGUAAUCGCGCAAGAAGUUCCGGCAAUUCUCUCUUCUCGAUGGAUACGCAGCAAACCGAGUUUGCUAAAUUCGUAUCUUGUGCGAGCGCUCUGCUUCUUAGUCGCCACGGCGGUGCUUUUCGAUCGACUCAUCGACCUUCCUUGCGACGUACCAAGACAAGAAUCAUCCUACUCGACAACACCUGCCAAGUUCUUGGUCCCUGGCAGCCAAGCCCGCAACGACAAAAUUGCAACCGAAUCUCAAUCGGCGAAAAGCGGAACCAAUCUCAUCAAGCAGCAAGAACCGCCCGUAUUCGGUACAGCAUUCUAUCUCUGCCGCUCGCUCGCUCCCACAUGUACACGCAUCGAAUCUCUGCCGAACCAAGUCGCUAGCAGUGUUGCCUGGGUCAACAUCUCGGCCAAUCAAACAAGUCGCGCGCUCGUGUUCACUGCUUGUACUACUACACUCGCCGUCUGCCUUGUCUACCUUGGUCUUGCCCUCUUACACCGCUCAGGCAGAGUUGGCAUGUCUCUUGGCAUGGCUCACGUCUCGGCGCAAGAUCAAGACGAUCCACAUUCGUUGCGAUUUGUCGAGGUCAUGCCUCACAGAUGCAACGAACAAAUGAUCAAAGAGAGCGCCUCCGCGUCGUCGGCCUACCGCCUCAAUCUGCACUCCAACGACCCUUCUUACGGCCGUUGCAUGCCACCGGAUCUGUUUCAAGAGCAGGUUCUGGCGCUUCCUGGUUUGGUGGGUGGAUCAGAUAGGCAUCGAUGUGCCUCGGACGCCCGUAGCUCGCGAAUCUCGCCCUCCUUGCACCGCACGGAUGGCGUCAGCAUUGGUCGGAUGGUCGAAAGCGCGCUCGAGUCAGGGCAAGGUGCAGCCUCUACGCCGGAUCACAUCUUUCGAAUCGCGAGAAUGGACUCUCGACCUGUCAAGGUUCGAGCUGCCAGCGAUACUGCCUCGGGAGCGUACACGAACCAAAUCAAGAAGCCAGAUGCUGGUGCAGUCCUUGCACUGCAUUCACUCGAGGCUGAACGAUGCGGCAGGUAUGGAUAUGAAAACAGCUACAACCAAUCCGUCGACCUUGCUUCGGGAUGCAUCAUGCACUAUCCCAUCUUUGCAAGCAACAAGAAAUUCAAAGAGCAGCAACAGCGUAUCGCGUUGCAGAUCCCUCCUCAACCAUUCCCUACGCUAUCACCACCCGACUUUUCUCGACAGUCGUUCGGCAGUCCGGCCGGUCUAUCACCGCGUCAGUCUGCUAAGCGCCGACAGAGUGGUGCUUCCAAGCUCAGCGAUAACCAGCAAGCUCUGGAGCCGCAGCAACAGGAUGAGCCAACAGCGGAAAGAGAAGGGGUUUUGAGCACAUGCCUGCGGUCGGAAAUCACAAGCGAUACGGUCCAGCCACUGGCCGAGGCUAAAGUGUCCGAUUGCUCUGAACAUCUACCAGGCGGUGACGAUGGAAAGACCGGAAAACUUCUCUCUGAAUCUUGCCCGAACGCACUGCUUCCUACUAGAGGCACUGAGCGUCUUUCGCCCUUGUCUUGCGCUGAAGCCAACAAGGCCUCCAAAUCUGAGAACAAGAACAGAUCGCAUAAACAACGUCUCAAAUCCACGAUCGAUGAAGCGCUCCACCAUCAUCAGCGCGGACGCCUCGGCACCGCCGAGUCCGGUCGCUCGAUGCUAUCCACUUUCAGCAACUCUCAAGCGCAUCGUAUUAGUUCGCGUCCCGGUACAGCUACUUCAACCAGAUCCAACACCUCGUUCCGUCUGAUGCGACGCCGUCGUGGACUGUUCGCCACGCUCGAUCUGCACUUAGGCAACAGGUUCAGUGGUUUCAGCCAAGACGCCUCGGUCGCCGCACAGCAAGGCAGGAACGCAUUGGGAGGAUCAUUUGAUUCUCAGAGAUCGUGCAGUGCGGGUACGUUUGGUGGGGACGCCGCGUCGCCUCUGUCCACGCCGAGGUGUCACGAUGCCAUGGCGCCCACUUCGCCGAUGCACCUCGAGGCGAAAAAGUCGAGCAGCUCGUCUUAA